AUGGCGCCCCAGGCGAAACGAUCAAAAGUGGGCAGUGCAUGUCAGAGAUGCCGCCGACAGAAGCUCAAAUGCGACAUCAAACGCCCCUGCACGUUGUGCGUCCGUGCUGGGAUCGACUGCCAAACGAUAGACCAAUGGCGAGUGAUUGAAACACCUUCGAAUAAUGAAAAGAACAAGAAAACCUCCAAACGCAAGCGAACACCAGGAACUGAGAACUCUGAUGAUGUUGGCAGCUCCAAGCCGCGCUGGUCUAGUUCUACCAUGUCACUAGCAUUCCAUUUGCAUAGUUCUACUACCACUGAUACAUCGUCGGUCACUGCUUUACCUGGUGGUCAAAUACAAAAUCGAUCAGCGAGCCCAAUACCGAGUAUCUCACGUUCCGCUGAGAGGAGGCUCACAAGGCCCCAUCCAUCACAUCCUUGGCUGCAAGGGCCACGAUCGGCAAUAGCAGAGCUGGUCUCGCUGUUUCCGUCCCGCGAGGUUGCAAAUCUACUGGUGGAUACUUACUUUGAUCGGAUUCACUGGUUCAUGCUCAUCUUUCAUCAAGAUGAUUUCCGGCAAACGUGGCAGCAGAUGUACGACUUGCCAAGGGAACAGCUGAUAGAGUGCUGUCCAAACCCUGGAUUUAUCAGUACUUUCCUUGUUGUCAUUGCCAUUGCAUUACAUUAUGUGGGCAAACACAGAGAGAAUCUACUGAAGGCUCACGGUGUCUCCCCUGUUGACCUCGAAGAAAGAAUUCUGUCAACCACCCGAGCGAAGAUACUCGACAUUGUUUCUCUGGGGUCUCUAGAGGCAGUACAAACUUGUGUUCUGUUAGGAACUUACUAUCUGUACCAUGGCAACCCAGAGCUGGCAUGGCCGGUUUGUGGUUGUGGACUGCGUAUUGCCCAAGCUUUGAAUCUGCACCGCAAACUGCCCCAAACAGGAGCAAUGACACCCGAGAAUAAUCGACAGAAUGAGACGCGGAAACGUUGCUGGUGGGCUAUUUACGAGAUCGAGACAUUUUGCUCCAUGUCCUAUGGCUAUCCGCAUAGUAUCAAAGACUCGGAUUGUGACGUGGAGUUCCUGGACCCGUCGGCCAAGUCUGUUACCGGCCACUCGCCUACGCCGUUUGAUGCUACACGCCAGUGUCCAGCAACUCUCCUCUCAUACAAGUAUUUGAUGUCCAAGCUCUCCGUCAUCAUCAAUGACAUUCUUACCGAUCUGUAUGGACUGGGAUCCUUGAAGGGCAAGAGUCAGCAAAGCAAGUCGGGUGGCCCUUCCGGUCUUCAGAAUCUUGUUCGCAAAGUUUCGAACCUUGACACUCGCUUGCAAAAAUGGAGUGCCGAGAUACCUGAUGUGCUGCAGCUCAGUGAUGCUGAAACCACAACUUACACCUCCAUGGAUGAGAUGGACCAGGAUAUUGGUGCUUCCGGUCCCAGGUUCGAGGCUCAUAUUUAUCAGCUGCAGGCUCUGGCCCUAAAACUUGCCUACGAAAAUGCCAGAAUUCUCGUCCAUCGUCCUUUAUUGGCGUACAAGUCAAUUACCACCGCGGAGACUCAGAUCGAAGACACCAAUAUCCUGACUCGAGACACAGUGAACCUGUCUCUACAAAUUUGUCGCGAUGCCGCUUUGGCUACUUCUAAUAUUGAGUCUACCCUAGUCUUCUCCCUUGCCGCGGAUACCUAUGCGGUGGCAUUCAUUGGCAUGCACACCUUCACUGCUGGUGUCAUGCUUUGCGUAUUGAUAAGCAUUGAACCCUUAGGCCCGCAAUGCCACGAGUCUAAAAUGGGUUUACGUCGACUGAUACGCAUGCAGUCACUUUUGAAGUCACGAUCUCAUUCUUCUCUCACCACACAAGGCUUAGAGAUGUUAGAGAAAUUGACUAAGUUGGUAAUGGAGAAAGAGUUAAGGGAGAUGCUAAAUUCUUCCGAGGGUGAACCAGGGCCUGUACCUCAAUCCAGCGAUCGCAAGGACGACUCAGCUGCACAGAAUAUGGACGAAAGUAGUAAAAUGCCCGUCCAAGGUCUGGGAAGUAUGGACAACGACGCUUCUUUCAACUAUAUAGAGGACCCAGACCCAGUCAUGUCACAACCGCUCUUCGAUUUUGAUCAAAUGUUUACAGGAAAUAGCAUGAAUUUCCCGCUUGAACCGCUUUUUCCGGAUCUUCUUGGCCCCGGAAGUGGAUUCGGUCCUGAACAAGGAUGGAUCUGGGGAUUUGACAGACCAGCUCAUGUUCCAGAAGGUUAA